AUGAGCGUGAGCAUCAGCGAGACGGCUUUCAUGUCGGGCUCCCAAAGACACUCUGUGGGCGGUAUCAGACGCGUGGACAGCCCAAGCAAUAAUGUCCGGCGUCACUCGAGAAAUAUGUCUGCCGCCCGCCGGCGUCGGGUCAGCAGCAACGAUGCCUAUACCUAUGCCCUUCGGGUCGCCUUCCUAGCCUACCUUCUUCAGGCGCGAACAAAGAUAGUGCAGGCUGCUCCUCCUGCUGCUCGGCCACCGUCCCUCAACCGGGCUUCAACCUCCUUUCAUGACCUGAUGAAGGAUUUCAGCUUGGUGCGGGACUCAAAGAGCACCAGGUUCCCGCACGGGUUUAUCAGUGAGCUUGAGAGGCGGCUGACAGGAGUGCUUAUUGGCAGGGAACAUAGAAAGGAGUUUCAGGAUUCUACCGUCAAAAGGACGUUUGGAGCCUUUCUAAACUCAUUAAAGGAGCAGACCUUCAAGAAACGGAUGGAAAAGGACAGACGGGUUGAGGAUCUUGUGCUUAUUUUCUUCUCCAAUGCAACCAAGGAACUGUCUAAGGGGAAAGUCCCGGAGGAUACUAGCUGGAAGCUGAUGGUGGAUCGUCAUGUUGCGUUGUUUGUCCGGCUUAUCACUUUCAUUCUAAAGGACCAUGACUGGAUUAAGGACCGCCCAGAGCUGGCAAGCAGGUUAGCGACACUAGAAAGCAAACUGCUUGCCCAUGACCAAGAUCUUACUGUAUCCUCGCAAAAGGAUAGCCACACCAUUGAGGUUACUGCUCCACUAAGCUAUGAUGUAAAAGACAUGCCUCUAGUGCAGACUGUUGCAAAAGCAUUUGGUCUACGAAAUUCUCAGGUCCAAUCGGAUAUCAACAAGAACAAGGAUUCCUGGACUGGAAAGGAAGCACUGCAGGAUUUGAAGUUAUAUCAAGCACACCUUAACCUCAAUACUGGAGGCACCCUCUCUGAAGCCGAUUUCGAGGUUGAAGAGGGCUAUGAAGCAUGGAGAAAAGCGGAGGGUCCAGACCUCUCACAGAUGAUGUUAGCUAUUAUCCAAUCCAACCCAGAGCUCGCAAAGAGUACGGGUGCAACCUUGCCACAGUUCAACGCUCAGAUGGCAGACAGUCCAAUUGGGGAUGACAUAAACCUGGAUCCGUAUCCCAACACCUCAGAAGGCUCCUCUUAUGUGAUCGACCAGCCAGUGGAUAUGAGCUCAUUAUCUCUAGAAGACCAGACCUACGAACACCCUGACACAAACUUGUACACAUUCAUACCCCCGGAUCCACGAUCAUAUUAUAGGUUUCUGCUAAACCAAUUACUCACCCAUGAUCUCCGUGACCAGUCGCUCGAUGCUUCAGAGGCUACUUCGGAAACCCCUGCCUCAAAAUUACUAUCAAAGCAGUCGACCGAGUUGCUUAAUGAAAUAUGUCUACGGUGGAGGAUACCCAACUUCACUCGAGUAGUUCUUUUCUUGGACGUAUUUCGGGAAAAGUACGUGGACCAGGAAAUCAGCCUGGACACUCUCGAUUCAGCAUUCACGUUUGUCAAAGAUCCCCCAUCGACCAAAAAUAAGCGCGCUAGCAUAGUCAUGGCGCCCAUACUGUACGAUAGGAACAAGUGGACACAGGCGGAUAUAUUCUGCAUGCGACGUGUCGUAACUGGGAUGCAUGAAGGUUUGCUUCGACAGUUGUAUGAAACAAUGAUGUCCUGCUACGAAACCAAAAUUCCGCCAAUAGGCCCGGUGAUGUACGUUCUAGAAAACCAUGUCGAAUCUGAUCCGUAUUUCGUGGAGAGUACGGAAGGGCGAGAGCGGUUCUGUGAAUAUGCCUCAGAAGGGCUCUUAGAGAAGGCCAAAGCUAUCUACCAGGAGUCCCUGAAUAAAGAGAUUCCUCCUGAGCAGCAUGAAUGGGAGUUUCACCACGUUAUUCAGCUUGGCAAGGCUGUUAUGAAACCUCAAGACCAGUCUAACCACUUUUCCCAUAGAGUCAAUCCUAUUACUGUCUUGGUGAAUUAUAUUCUCCCUGUGUAUGCUGAAGAUGCAAGGGAUAUGAUUAUCCGGAUAAUGGAGCAGGCACAGGAAAAGAAUGAACAGAUUGAGAUGCAGGAUGGCUUCGAUUUAUACAGCGAACUUUCUAGCAUUCGACAAACUUACAUUGAAGCCCUUCCUGGUGAAAAAUUUCCUUUCCACCUCGAGGAACUGCUGGCAGAAUUUGUCUGGCGAUGGAUACAGGUUACAGACACCAAAGUGAAUGACUGGGUAAACCAGGCCGUUAAACAGGACAAUUUCAAAGUUCAGACAGUUUCCCCAGGCGAGAUACCUACUGAGGAACAACGGCAUAGUGUCUCAGUAACGGACGUGUUUCGGUCAUUUAAUCAAGUUGUGGACCAGAUAGCGCAAUUGAAUUGGGACGACGAUGUAGGAUAUGCGAAAUUUAUGACAGCUAUUUCACGAUCGAUUGGGAACGGAAUGGCAAGAUACUGCGAAGUUUUAGAAGGGUUAUUUAGCCGGGAGAUGGACAGAUUGACACCGGAGCAGGAGGCUGCGGCAAGACAAACAAAGCAGGAAAAGUGGAUGCAGAUGGCAAAGGAUGCUUGGAGUAGCAAGGAAAAGGUUGAACCGUUUCAAUUCUUUCCAGAGUCAUUUGUGAAACUCAACAACAUUGAGUAUGCACUGCAGAAAUUUGACCAGCUAGAACGUGACAUCAAUGUCGAUGCAUGCGCUGAGGUGUUAGCAAGGAACGCACCGCCUCUAGCUAAGCGGCAACGCAAAAUAACCAAUUAUGUCUUCACUGUCAAGAUUGUCGAGGCCGAAGACCUCAAAGGCUGCGAUCUGGACGGUCUGAGUGACCCAUACGUUGUCUUGACCGAUGAAUACCAAAAGCGAAUCUCAAAAUCCCGUAUCAUCUACAAUAACCUUAAUCCACGAUGGGACGAUACGGUAGAUAUCAUGACAAAAGGCCCAUUGAACAUUAUUGCAACAAUAUGGGAUUGGGAUGCUGUUGGGGAUCACGAUUACGUUGGCAGAACGUCAAUGAAGUUAGACCCUGUGCAUUUUGCAGAUUUCGCACCACGGGACUACUGGCUAGACCUGGAUACUCAAGGGAGGCUACUACUGAGGGUGAGCAUGGAGGGGGAGCGCGACGAUAUCCAGUUUUACUUUGGCAAGGCUUUCCGUACGCUCAAGAGAACGGAGAAGGAGAUGACGAGAAAAAUUACGGAAAAAUUAUCGGCAUAUAUAAACCACUGCCUAUCACGACGAGCUCUUAAAGCCCUACUCUCACGGGGAAUCAGCAUGUCAACUGUCUCUAAUUAUUUUAACCGGAACCGGACACAGUCAAGUCAAGCCCCGACGCAGGCGGAGGUUGAAAAUGCUCUUACGCCACUCUUUACGUAUUUUGAUGACAACUUUUCUAUCAUGAACCAAACGCUUACGGGCCCUGCAAUGCGUACCGUCAUGGCUCGACUGUGGAAAGAAGUCCUUUCUACGGUUGAAUCUCUCCUUGUCCCACCAUUAUCUGACAAACCUUCCAAUCAAAAGCCACUCACGCAACUAGAGCUUGACAUAGUCCAGACCUGGCUUGGAUUACUUCUUGCCUUCUUCAACGCCGUUGAUGAGGAAACGGGGGAAGCCAACGGAGUACCCAUAGAUGUCCUCAAAAGCCCAAAGUAUCAUGAGAUACAGACGCUGUUCUAUUUCUAUUUUGAACCCACGGAGCAACUGAUCCGUACUUCAGAGCGCAUGGCUAGCGCUACUGCUGCUAGACAGCAGGCGAACCGUAACCGCCUAUCUACCUCAACCAUGACUUUAGGUGUCCCAGGGUUUGCAGGAGUUCUCUCCGCCAGACGAGGGAAGAGUAUCUUACUAUCCCGCAACCUGGGCACAAUGAAAAAGGCGAAAGAGGAGAAGCGGCGUGAGGCUCAGGCCGAGCCGAAUGAUGAUAUGAUAUUGAGAAUUCUUAGAAUGCGUGUGGAAGCUGCUGGGUAUCUUCGAGAUCGAAGCAGGCAGAAGGAGCGGCUGGCCACGGCGGCUGCUGCAGACCUAAUUGUUAAGCAGAGUCUGAUGGCCGGCACCGGAGGGCGUAUGUCAGGAACUUUACCCCGAUAUUGA